AUGAUGCAAAUUUUUAUUAAAACUCUCACAGGCAAGACAAUUACUUUGCAAGUAGAGUCAAUCAACCAAACAAUAGAAAAUAUCAAAUCCAAAGUUCAAGACAAGGAAGGAAUUUUAACAGAUUACAAACUCUUCUUUGCAGGUCAACCAGUACAUGAUGGAAUGCUAACAGAUUACAAUAUUCAGAAUGAUUCAACUCUGCAUUUAGUGUCAGGAUUGAGAGGUGGUGUUCAAAUACUUGUCAAGACAUUGACUGGUAAAAUUCUCACUUUGGAGGUUGAAUCGAAUGACACUAUUGGAAAUGUUAAAUUAAAGAUUCAAGAUAAGGAAAAUAUUCCACCAGAUCAACAACGAAUUAUAUUUGCUGGUAAGGAAUUGCAGGAUGGAAUCACCUUGUUGGAUUCUAAUGUUAUUCAAAAAGAUUCCAAUCUUCAUUUGAUUGUUAAGGCUAAAGGUGGCUAA